AUGACUCUCAAAUAUUUAAUCACAGGAGCCACGGGUGGUCUGGGCUCGCAGGUGCUGUCUUAUCUGGUGGCCAACGUGCCCGCUUCAGAAUACGCAGCUGCUUCGUCGAACGAGGCAAACCGCAAGCGAUUCGAAGAUCAGGGAAUCGCGUUCCGAGUAGUCAACUACGAUGACCCCCAAACGAUGGAGACCGCAUUUGAGAAUGUGGAGAACCUAUUCUUUGUGAGCACUAACACGUUCGAUGUCGAGAAGCGACGAGGACAGCACCAGAACUUCGUUGACGCGGCCAAAAAGAUGAACGUCAAACAUACUUGGUAUACAUCUCUCGCAUUUGGUGGGUUGCACUCCGAUUCCAAUGCGGAUGUGCAGCAGGCUCACUUGAUGACGGAGGAAAUGAUGCGACAAUCUGGUAUCAAUUUCACCUCUAUUCGUGAAGGUCUAUAUACCGACGCCUUCCCUGUGUUCAUGGGUUGGUACCCGAGCACAUCCACCGUGUAUCUGCCAUCCGACGGGCCCAUCGCCUUCACUCUACGCGACGAGCUUGGCGAAGCGAAUGCUCGAUUGAUGAUUCGCGGCGGGUUCGACAGGGAAAUUGUUCUCCUGACUGCUCAGGAGCCUAUCACGUUCAGCGAGAUCGUGGAUGUCAUCAACGAGACCACGGGCCGAGAUGUACAGGUGCAGCUCGUCUCUCCUGAGGAAUUCGUGCGAUUGAAAGGCGCCAAUGACAAAGGAGGAAAGCCAGAGGCAUUCUUCCGCAAACUCCUGUCGUGGUAUGAUGCAAUUGCUCAGGGUGACGCCGGGACCACCGAUCCGCUCAUGGCGGAGGUACUGGGCAGGGAACCGGUGGUGCCCCGAGAGGCGAUCCGGGGAAUUCUACGGAAAAAUCGGGAUUAUGAGUGGCAUCAAAACUAUGUAACUCGUGGUUAG